CUGGGAGCUGGGGGACGGUUCGCUGUCUGCGGGGCAAAUAGAGCAAGUUCCCAUCGGUGAGUGUUGAGACCGGUCACCAGGGUGAACGAGACCGACAAUUUCCCAUCGAGCAGCAAAAGCGGGUCACACCUGUCCUCAAAAUGGGUCAAGGAGCGGGCAGGGGAGGAGUUCCAGUGACGUCAACAUCAGGAAAGGACACGGGUCCGGGCUCAGUGAUCUCCGAGCUCCUGGCAGGCUGUAACGAUUCCCAGCUGCUGCAGUUGACGGAUUUAUACUGGGACAGGCUGGAGCAGGCAAUGGAAGGAGGGGUGCACGGAGUGAGCCUGGCGUUAACGGCCAAGAAUCAGUUCAGUGGAGAGGAACAUCGGAAAAUCUCUGAUCUCGCUGAUAAGGGAGAGCGGGCGGACAGUUCUAAACUCCUCCUGAGCCUGGUGAUGGAGAAAGGCUCCCGCGCCCGGAGGGUGAUGUGGAAAACGUUUGUCAAAAUGCGGAUUGGUGUUCCAAAGUUUGACAAAAUACUGAAAGAAAUGCAGAUAUAUGGUUGUGAUCCCUCCCAUCGACCAAUUCCCGCUCAACUUUUACUAAAGGUUCUCAGUGAGCUGAAAGAUGUUCAGCAGAAACACAAGGAGACUCUGCGGGUACAAACUGAAUCACUGAGAGUCAACACGAUCCUGAUGAGGGAGAAGGUGAAGGUUUUCCAGCUGGUUGAUCGAUACGCUGAGCUCACGGUCAUUUCUACUGUUCGAGAUCGGAGACUGGUGGAACAUGAGCUGCUGGCAAGAGGCAGAGACCACGAGGAGUGGAGACAGAAACAUCUCCGUGGAGAGCUGGAAAAAAUCCGGACUGAUCAGUUAUUCCAGAGUAGCUUCUCCAGGAAUAAAUCCAAAUCUGGGAGUUCGGCAGCAGUGGCUGGAGUUCCAGGGAUCGGGAAAACAACAAUGGUACAAAAGAUUGUUUAUGAUUGGGCCAUGGGGAAAAUAUACCAACAAUUCCAGUUUGUCUUUAGUUUCAAAUUCCGGGAUUUAAACUCCAUUAACAACAGAAUAAACCUGAAGGAACUGAUUCUGGAUCAGUAUCCUUACUUUGGGAAUAUCCUGAGAGAGGUCUGGAAGAACCCAAAGGGUUUGCUGUUUAUAUUCGAUGGUUUAGAUGAAAUCAAUGACAAAAUAGAUUUUGCUGACAGUCGGACAGACACAGAACCUCGGUCCACAUGCACAGAUCCUGAAUUCAAGUGCAAGGUGUCUGACAUUGUGUACAGUUUAAUCCAGGGCAAGCUGCUCCCAGGGUGUUCAGUGCUGGUGACCACCCGUCCCACUGCGUUACAUUUAUUGGAAAAGGCUGAGAUCGGUGUCCGGGCUGAAAUCCUGGGAUUUGUUGGUGAGGAACGGAAGGAAUAUUUCAUCAGGUAUUUUGAAGAUCAGACGGUGGCAGCAGCUGUUUUUAAACACGUGAAGGAGAACGAGAUCCUGUACACCAUGAGCUACAACCCCUCCUACUGCUGGAUCCUCGCUCUGGCACUGGGCCCCUUCUUCACACAAAGAGUCAGGGACCCGCAGCGAGUUCCCAAGACCAUCACCCAACUGUACUCCUACUAUAUUUACAACAUCCUGAAAAACCACGGCCGUGAGAUUGAGAACCCCCGUGAUGUGUUACUCAGGGUUGGUCAGAUGGCCUUCAGAGGAGUCUCCGGGAGGAAGAUAGUGUUUACAGAUGGAGAUUUGAUCAAGUACAAUCUGCGGCCUUCCCAGUUCCUGUCCGGGUUCCUGAUGGAGCUUUUGGAGAGAGAGGAUUCUGCCCGGAGCGUGGUGUACACAUUCCCACACCUCACCAUCCAAGAGUUUGUAGCUGCAGUCGCACAAUUCCUGAAUCCACAUCCCGAGGAUAUUCUGACAUUCCUCACUGAAGUCCACAGCACGACAGAUGGGCGAUUUGAGGUAUUUCUCCGUUUUGUUGCUGGUCUCUCCAACCCAAUGACAGCUCGGGGCCUGGAGGAGUUUCUGGGUCCAUUUCCUCAUCAAACAACCUGCCGGGUGAUUGACUGGGUGAAGGAGGAGGUUAAACGCCAGAGUGGAAACACGAGGAGUGAAGCUGGUAAAAGGAGCCUCCUGAACACAUUGCACUAUCUGUUUGAGUCUCAGAAUCGUGGACUGGCUCAGGCCGCACUGGGGUCUGUGGAAACACUUUCAUUCAGUGAAAUGACACUGACCCCGAUUGACUGCGCGGUCCUGUCUCAUGUCAUCGGACUCUGUGAUACAAUAAAACACCUCGACCUGGGGAACUGCCACAAUCAGUGUGAAGGAAUCCAGCGGCUGGGACCCGGGCUGCACAAGUGCCAGGAGUUGAGGCUGUGGGGUGUCGGUCUCACAGAUUCUGGUGCCGAGGAUCUCGUCUCCGCUCUCAGUACAAACCCAUCACUGACGGAGCUGGACCUGGGAUUAAACUCACUGACAGACCGAUCUGUCCCCGCUCUCCGCCGCCUCAUACUGACCCUCCCGAGUCUGGAGCGGAUCUGGCUGGAGGACAAUCAGUUCAGUGAGACCGGGGGGAAGGAACUGAGAUCUCUGCAGGAACCCAGACCUGGACUGACAGUGGAUCUGUGACCAUCUGAAUGUGUGAACAUCCCCGCCCGCGGGAUGGGGACAUUUUGGCCGAUUCCCCACCCUCCCCUUUAACCACCCCCCCCCCACCUUCCCCUUACCUUUAAUGGCCACGCGCCAGGUUUAAUUCCCAACCGUUUUUAACGGAAUUGCCUCCAGUCUCUCGCGCUUGGUGUCAUUCGCUGGUCUCCCGUGGUGACGUAUUUCCGCCUCCUGUCCAGCGGCGCUGCUUCCGCCGGAUGUGCGGGUUCAGACCCCGGGGAAUGACACAGACAGGAAGAGCCCGGGGUCCGGGGCUCAGUCUGGGACACCGGGGUCCCGGGGUGGGAUUAUCCCGGGAGUACGUAAUGCUGGCUGGCCUGCUGCGUUCACCGGCAACUUUUACGUUUCAUGCCGGGGAAUUACACGGACAGGAAGAGCCUGAUGAUGGCGGGUUUUUUUCUGAGACACGGGUGACUCCUGACCGGCGUGGAUAACUUCACUCACAUCAUCUCUGAACUGAUUCCACAACCUACGGACUCACUUUCAAAGAAUCUACAACUCGUGUCAUUAUUAUUUAAUAUUUUAUUUGCACAAAUUUCCCUUCCUUUGCACGUUGCUUGUUGGUUAGUCUUUGUUUUUGUAUAGUUUUUCAUAAAUUCUGCAAAAAAGAUUGAUUGUCCUGUAAAUGACUGCAAUAAAAAGAAUCUCAGUGUAGUAUAUGGUGACAAAUAAGUACUUUGAUAAUAAACAACACGCAUCAAAGUUGCUGGUGAUCGCAGCAGGCCAGGCAGCAUCUCUAGGAAGAGGUACAGUCGAGACCCUUCAUCAGGACUAACUGAAGGAAGAGUUAGUAAGAGAUUUGAAAGUUGGAGGGGGAGGGGGAGAUCCAAAAUGAUACGAGAA